CCACCGGCGCAAUGGCAGUGUGAGGAGUAAAUGGCCAAGAGUGUCCGCUGUGGAAACCGACCUAAACACUGGACUGGGAACCGAUAAACAAACACAACAAGGCGCGGUGCGUAAAAGACCUCUCACGCAGCGCGGAACACUGUGCCUGUGUCCAAAGAACCAAGAAGAUCCUGACGUAUUUUUCUCUCUCUUUUAUUUUCGUGUGCAUGUGAACAACGAGGAUAUCUUAAUUGGACAUGUGAGUUACGGGAGUUAACACAAGCAGGCUUUUUUUUUUAAACAAAGAUGAAGUUCCCGGCUUGCUUCCUCGUCACUUUGGUGGUGAUUCGAUCAAGUGCAGCGCAGUCAGAUAUGACGAACCAUCAGGCAUCACAAAUGAACCAGAACCACAACAGCCAACACUGCUAACCCUGACCCAGUCUACCUCAAAGCAGCUGCCUUGGAUCCGGUCUUUGCUUUGUAUUGUGGACCACCAUGUGUUGCCCAGUCCUGGCAUGAGGGCAGAGGUGGCCAAAGAAGUGAAAGAGCUGGUCCUGCGAGAUGCAGUGGAGGCUGACCAACCUGUCUCAUGAGGAGGAAGAUGGAGACCUUGAAGAAGAAGUUUGCCCUGGUACAGAGAACAAGUUGAGCACUCUGUCCGACCUGGACCAGCAGUACCGCACCCUGAAGAAGCUCUACGAGAACUGCGAAGUUGUCAUGGGGAAUUUGGAGAUUACGAGCAUCGAUCGGAACCGCAACCUCUCUUUUCUCAAGUCUAUCAGAGAAGUGACCGGCUACGUGUUGGUGGCACUUAAUCAGUUUGACCACCUACCACUGGAAAAUCUACGGAUCAUCCGAGGUACCAAACUGUACGAGGGUCGGUACGCUCUUGCCAUCUUCCUCAACUACAGACGAGAUGGUUACUUCGGCCUGAGGCAGCUGGGUUUACGCAACCUCACAGAAAUUCUGAACGGAGGUGUGUAUGUUGACCAGAACAAAUUCCUGUGUCAUGCAGACACCAUCCACUGGCGUGAUAUUAUCAAGAACCCCCAGGCCGAGCUGCUCGUGGUACCGUCCAACAUCAGCAACCUCGGAUGCAGACGCUGUCAUCGCUCAUGUAACGGACGCUGCUGGGGCCAUCAGGAAGACCAGUGUCAAACCUUGACAAAAACGGUGUGUGCAGAGCAGUGUGACGGUCGAUGCUUCGGGCCUUACGUCAGUGACUGCUGCCAUCGCGAAUGUGCCGGUGGCUGCUCGGGCCCCAAGGACACAGACUGCUUUGCUUGCACCAAUUUCAAUGAUAGCGGAGCGUGCGUGACCCAAUGCCCUCAGCCAUUUGUGUACAAUCCGACGUCUUUCCAGUUAGAGCACAAUCCCAGAGCCAAGUACACCUAUGGAGCCUUCUGCGUCAAGAAAUGUCCACAUAACUUUGUGGUGGACCACAGCUCCUGUGUUAGGGCAUGUCCCAGCAACAAGAUGGAAGUGGAGGAGAACCGAAUCAAAAUGUGCAUCCCUUGUACCGAUAUCUGUCCCAAAGUGUGUGAUGGCAUAGGGACGGGGAGCCUGCAGGCAGCUCAAACAGUGGACGCCAGCAAUAUCGAUAAGUUUGUCAAUUGCACCAAAAUCAAUGGCAACCUCAUCUUCCUCAUUACUGGCAUUAAAGGGGACGUGUAUCAUGGUAUUGGACCUUUGGACCCCGAGCGUCUUAAUGUUUUCCGUACUGUGAAGGAGGUCACAGGUUAUCUCAACAUCCAGUCUUGGCCUGAAAACAUGACAGAUCUGAGUGUUUUUUCAAGCCUAGCAACCAUCGGAGGCAGAUCUCUUUACAGCGGAAGCGGCAUUUCCCUUUUGAUCCUGAAGCAGCGUUGGAUCUCUUCUCUACAGUUUCAGUCGUUAGAUGAGAUCAGUGCCGGAAACGUCUACAUCUUCAACAACAGCCGCCUCUGCUUCUACAACACCGUCAACUGGACAUCGCUUUUCAGAACCCCAAGCCAGAAAGUCCUCAUACGCAACAACCGAGAUCCAAGGGAGUGCACUCAGCAGCGAAUGAUAUGUGAUCGGAUGUGUUCAGACGAUGGGUGCUGGGGCCCAGGGCCUGACCAGUGUCUGUCCUGCCGAUUUUUCAGACGAGGUCGCACCUGUGUUGAGUCCUGCAACCUCUUUGAUGGGGAUGUGCGUGAAUUUGCUAAUGGAUCCGUGUGCCUUGAGUGUGAUAGCCAGUGUGAGAAGAUGGAUGGAAAAAGUAUGACUUGUCUUGGCCAGGGCCCGGACCAAUGUGUAAAAUGCCUCCACUUCAAAGAUGGACCCAACUGCGUAGAGAAGUGCCCCGAUGGGUUACAGGGAGCCAACAGUUUCAUCUUCAAAUAUGCCAAGGCUAACAACGAGUGUCAUCCCUGCCAUGCCAACUGCACCCAAGGGUGCAUCGGGCCAAGACUCCAAGAUUGUGUGGGGAUGAUGGACAGGACACCCUUAAUAGCAGCUGGUAUUAUCGGCGGCCUAUUCAUCAUCGUCAUUCUGGCUCUCAGCGUGGCCGUUUAUGUGCGACGCAAAAGCAUCAAGAAGAAGAGGGCCUUGCGGCGCUUCUUGGAGACAGAGCUGGUGGAACCCUUGACCCCCAGUGGAACGGCCCCUAACCAAGCUCAGCUGCGGAUCCUGAAAGAGACGGAGCUGAAGAGGGUCAAGAUUCUGGGUUCAGGAGCAUUUGGAACAGUCUACAAGGGCAUCUGGGUCCCAGAAGGUGAGACAGUGAAGAUCCCUGUGGCUAUUAAAAUCCUCAACGAGGCCACCGGUCCUAAAGCCAAUGUGGAGUUCAUGGAUGAGGCCCUGAUCAUGGCCAGCAUGGAACACCCCCACCUAGUGCGUCUGCUGGGUGUUUGUCUGAGCCCCACCAUCCAGCUGGUCACCCAGCUCAUGCCCCACGGUUGCCUCCUUGACUACGUACAUGAGCACAAGGACAACAUUGGAUCGCAGUUGCUGCUCAACUGGUGUGUCCAAAUCGCCAAGGGGAUGAUGUAUUUGGAGGAGAGGAGGCUGGUCCACAGGGAUCUGGCGGCUCGGAACGUCCUGGUAAAGUCUCCUAACCACAUCAAGAUCACCGACUUUGGCCUGGCACGGCUGCUGGACGCUGACGAGAAGGAGUACAACGCAGACGGGGGCAAGGUUGGUAUGCCCAUUAAAUGGAUGGCUCUGGAGUGCAUCCACUACAGGAAGUUCACCCAUCAGAGUGACGUAUGGAGCUAUGGAGUGACCAUUUGGGAGCUGAUGACGUUCGGAGGCAAACCCUACGACGGCAUCCCCACACGAGAGAUCCCAGACAUCCUAGAGAAAGGGGAACGCCUGCCCCAGCCGCCCAUUUGCACCAUCGAUGUCUACAUGGUCAUGGUCAAAUGCUGGAUGAUUGAUGCAGACAGCAGGCCAAAGUUCAAAGAGCUGGCUGCUGAGUUCUGCAGAAUGGCCCGUGACCCCCAACGAUACCUGGUUAUUCAGGGAGAUGACCGUAUGAAGCUGCCCAGCCCCAAUGACAGCAAGUUCUUCCAGAGCCUGCUGGAUGAAGAAGACCUUGAUGACUUGAUGGAUGCUGAGGAGUAUCUGGUGCCUCGAGGUUUCAACAUGGCUCCUCAGUCAUGCACAACCAGGCCUCGAGUUGACUCCAACCGAAAUCAGUUUGGCUAUCGAGAUGGUGGUCCAAGCCUUGCAGAAGGACCCUUGGCGGGCGCCCAAGCCUGCAUGAACCAGGAAGCCACAGGUGGCCCAGGUCCGACCCUGGAGGACCAGCGCUGUAAUGGAAGCCUGCAUAAGAAGAGCCUGAGCCAAGCUGGCGGGGAAGACAGUGGGGGCCAGAGGUACAGUGCUGACCCUACCAUCUUUCUUGGGGAGAGAGCAUCCAGAGGGGACACCGAUGAGGACGGAUACAUGACACCCAUGAAGGACAAGAGCUCCUCAGAAUAUCUGAAUCCCAUUGAGGAGAACCCGUUUGUCUCGCGACGCAAAAACGGUGAGAUUCAUGCCUUGGACAACCCAGGCUACCACAGCACACCCAACAGUCAACCCAAAGGAGAGGAUGAGUAUAUCAACGAGCCCCUCUACCUCAACACCUUCCACAGCCCUGCUGAGCUGGGCCUGGAAGCCUUGAGGAGAAAUGGUCUGCCCUUACCCACCCAGGUUCCUUCUUCCAUCUCCGCCACAACCUCAGGCUCCCACCUCCCACUUACUAUCCAGACCAGCCUGCCCCACUACUCCCUCCCCACAGCCCAACCAUCUCCAUCUGGCAUGCCCUGCCACCAUGGACCACCAACUCACAUCCUCCAUGCCCACCACACCAUCAAAUCUGCAGGACAACCUGGCAAUCCAGGUGGUGUCUCUAUGUCUCAGAGCCAAACAGGAACUACUGCUCAAGUCCAGGUGAGCCAGUCAGGUGCCCUGUCUACUUUGGCUGCCAUCGGGCAGGGCAGCCUGCCAGCCUACCAGAGCCACGCCACCACACAUCCCGCCAGUAUGCUGAAACAUGGAGGGCAGACGACAGGUAAAGCCAGUGGGAAGAAGCUGAAGGUGACCUUUGACAAUCCAGAAUACUGGCAGCACAGCUUGCCUCCCAAAUCAUCUAAUCAGGGGGCCCCUGAUGGCGCCCAAGGAGGUUCCACCAACCCCAUGCUCUUCUAUAAGCAAAAUGGACACAUACGGCCGGCAGUAGCUGAAAACCCUGAAUACAUGUCUGAAUUUUCCCUGAAAUCUGGCACAGUCUUGCCACCUCCACCUUACAGGCAGCGAAACACUGUGGUCUAGAACUUUCCAUUUGAGAAAUGUUCCCCAGUCCUACUCGAGCCUCCAAUCAGCUCCACAUCCUCUCUGGUUCCACUGUCCCACACUGAAGGAAGCGGCCACAACCAAAGCCACCUCCAGCUCUUUUCAAAUAACGUGCCAUCUGCUAUAGACUGUAGCAAAACCCAAUGGAGGUGGUCCAAACCAAGCAAAACCUACUCAGACUCUCACACCUUCACUAUAUCCAGUCCAGUCCAUUUCUGUUCUGUAGAUAGAGACUGUGCUCCAAGUCGUUGUAAUAAUGUGGAGGUAAUGGUAGAAUUUUGGCAAAUAACAGAGAAGUGACUGUCACACAGCAGUGGAUGCAUUGUAUUGUGUUACCCAAGGAACACAGGCAACUCUCAAACACAAUGGAUUCAACUUAGGGGACCUGAAGUCACUGCCAGCCACUUCCGUGUCAGAUUUGUGAGAGGAACAAGAUGUUCUUUUAAUUAUUUUUUUGUUUUCCAGGACAGAGGUCUGAACAAUAUUCUGCUAAGGGUUUCGGGAAUAAGCAAACAGACUGAACAAAUACAGUCUGGUAGAUGUCAAGAUGUCUGGUGUUGUGAAUGACCUGAGAGUGAGUGAAGUGAAAAGGCAAAAUAUGGAGGAAAAAGACUGAGUUUAAGUUCGCUCACUAGAGUAAGCAAGACGGAGCACCUAUCAAACAUAUUCAGUGUUUUUGCCUAUAGGAUUAUACUGUGUGUUCUCAACUUUUCCACUGAAUAUGUGAAACUCAUCUCAUCCUUAUACUGUAACUGUGAUACUGUGAUGGCCAAAACUACGGUGAUCUCUUGUUUCACAUUUGCAGUUCAACCAUGGACUUUUUAACUUGCCUGCAAAUAUGUAGGGCAACUGCUGUUUUAUUAUUUUUGCUCGACUGCUGUCUACUUGGAGAGGCUGAUCAGAAGCAGCCCGUCCAAAGCAAAGGGUAUAGGGAAAAACACACUGUAGACAUUUUAUGAGCACUGGUUGCAGUGCUGAGAAGUUAGAUUUCUGUACACUGGUUUUCUCAUUCAUAUCAUGAAGCAAACUCAAAUGGGUAAAGAAUGACUUGCUUUGAGAGUGAGAAUGCAGUUACGGAAAUUACUGUAUACUGCAAAAAAAUAAAGAAUAAAAAAAUCUCUGAUAAGAUCAGCCAUAAAACAGCUCAGCUCAAAAUGGUGAUCACAGAGAUGGAGUGGGCUAAAGAGAGGAAAGAAAAUCGAGAGAGAGGGGAGCAGAAGUUCAUACAAGCCGACUAAUGAAGACCUCAAGGAAUGAACAAGACAGCACCAGCAGAGCACAGUGAAAUAGACUACUUUUUAUGUGUAUCUGUGUUUAUGUCCAUGUGAUUGGGAUCAGUGGGUGUGCGUGUGUGUUCAGAUUUUAACCCGCCAGCUUGACCCCAUAGGGAUGUUAAUGGAGUCAACCCUUCAGUACCACCGCUAACCAACCGUACGCUUAAAUGAGGUUUUUACCAUAUGACUGCACUGACACCCCUUCUCUACCCAAGCAGUUUUAGGGCUGGUUUGGAGCUGUCCCAGUCUUUCCUAGAGCCAAAGAUGUUGUCCUGAAAAAAUCUGCUUAAACUGCAGUCCUACAAUUUUGACUUUUCAUAUCAAAAAAUUACACAAACCAGAUAAUUGAUUAAUUCAAUUGACAACUAAUCGAUUAAUCAUUGCAGCUCUAUCCGUAGGAGUGAGAAACUGUCUGCUGUGUCACUCUGGACAUCAACAGAUAUCCAGAAUCAACUGAGAGAGUUUUGAUAAUAAAAUGAUUUUCAUCAAAGGAUGGAAAGUCAAACCAGCCCAGAAGUAGCACCUGCUUGAUUAUGGUGGAAAAGGAGUAUGAGUGGCCCAACUGCAGCAAAUGGCACCAAAUUUUCGGAACUGUUUCUUUAUUUUAGAGGGUUCACAGCUUUGUUGCCAUACUCCAAAUGGGUUGAUAAAGUCGGAAACUCAAAGUUUUAUAUAGAAUCUGUUGAUGAACACAAAAUUAUGUUUUGGACAAAUUAUUACAUUUAGAAAAACAGAAUUGGUCUCUGUCACCUUGUUAGUUUAUGCAUGCCAUGACCAUUUUGAUUGCUUGUACCUCAUUAACACUGAUAGUCAUAUUUAUAGGGGAUUGAGGUAGUUGUUUCUUCCUGAACUGUGCUCCCAAACCUUUUUUUUUUCCCGCCUCAUCAUGUUCUUGCAGCCAUUCCAGUGCAAUUUGUUCUUAAUUCAUCAGUGGCAGCUUCUAAAUCAUUAGCCAGUUGCUGGUCUGACAACCCAACAGUGAUGAUUCAUUUGACAAAUAACUACCACUAGACAAAUAAUUACAAAUUUAGAUCAACACCACAUCAGUUUCUCUCUUUAGACUUACUUUUAGUAGCUAUAGUUAGUAGUAAUAGUGAUGCCAAUUUUUUAUUGUUUCAAAUUUUAAGGAUUUUCUUGUCCAGAAGUUGGAAUUUCACAUGGUACUAACAUAACAUCUUUGUCUCCUGAAAUAUAUAUUUUUCAUCAACAGAGUGAGAAUAUGUUAAUUAACUUAGGGUAAUAUUUAGAUACUGAACCUAUCAGUAAGCCUGAUGGCUUCUAACACCAGAAUAUCCGUACUUGCCGCCCAAUAUCUGGCAUUACAACAUUAUGAAACAUUACAGCAUUAUGGGUAUCUGUAGGCAUUGACAGAACGUGGUUAGGGAUAAUAGGGAAGGAUCGUGGCUUAAUACAAAAAAGAGACUUGCAAAGCUUGCAGGCCUUUCGAAUGCACAAACUAUGGAAAAGAUUCAGACAACAAUUAUGCUUUUGGAAAUAAUGCGUUGCUUGCUUUUUUUUAGGACAGUGUUGAGCCUCCACAUUCAGUAAAUGUUGUCCUACUUGUUGUCUUUUCACGGUUAUAAGUUUGUUUUUGCAGUAGUCUGUUGUUGAGGAGUUACCUAAAGCCAACUACUAAUAUCAGCCAGCAUGCCAGUUUACAGCACAGAGUAAAUUCUAAAGUCUUGGUAUUGUUUUUUAAAUGCAGCUGUAACUUGUUCAUUUGCAUUUUCAUCAAUGUGGAAUUACAAUGAGCUCAAGUAGAGUCUAGCCACUGUCCGACUAUUGCUGCAUCCGAUAUUCCUCGUAAGUGGAAAACUGGAACUUGAAAUUAUUUUGACCUCCAGUCAUUCAAUGCUUUGUUUGUUUGUUUUUUAAAAUUUUUAUUUAUUUGACACAAACAUUAGUACGGUGGAAGACCAUGUUGGUGCCAGAUGCCAGAGCUCUCUUACAUCGCAGUGGUGUUACUAUCAGAUCUAACCAUUGCUGAUCCUUAUCCAAGUAUUUGAAGGUCUUUGAAGGUUUGAAGGAAUGUAGUUGGAUGGUUUUUCUACAGCGGUCAAAAGCACAAGUUCAAACCACUGUGCCAAAGCUGAGGACAAAGUUUGCAAGAAAUAGUGUAAAUUCUUCUUAACGACGAGUCUGAAUGAGCAUAUGUUUCACAGAUUUCCACUCAAGCACCGGGGCUAGGAGAGGUAGACCAUUCACUUUUAAUCAGAUGCAGUUAAUAUUCUUUUUACAUUCUUUUACAUACUUAAUGAUGCAGACAAGUCCCAAACACUUGAUCCUGUAGCAUCAAUGGCUUUGCAAGUUUCCCGACAAUUUAAAACAGUUCAUGGCAUGUUGAGCCAUUUUCAACUCUUAAAAUGCAUCCUUUUUUGAAUAAAAACUACAAACAGCAGCUGCAACAUAGACAGCAUAUAUCGUUCCUGCUUGCAGUGAAAUCAUGUAGUAUCUGAACUUUAUCAGAUAGUGAAGCUUAAGGGAGUUGUGACACUAUUGAUGCAUUUUCAAGCAAAACUAAUGGAUUUAAUAAUGAUCUCACAGAUGCACAUAAACUGUAUUUCUUUACCAGUUACUGUGUAGGCUUCCAUUUUGACAGAAAUUUUGAAAAUUGUUGCUUGUUUUUCCAAGUUACUAAGAAGAAAAUUUGACAUCUGACAUUUUCUUUGAUUGUUCCUAGUUGGAGAUCAGCAAUUUUAAGUUCCUGGUUGCCAUCGAAUGCAGCAUAACCUUCUAAUCCAUAAAAAAAAUCACCUCUAUUCACGGCCUAGCUACAUUUUUUUUUUUAACUUCAAUUUUGAAAUCACCAGUAGAGCAUUGAAUGCCCCUUUAGUCUCAAUACAGUAGUCGUAGCACUCAGUACUGAUGCCUCUGCAGGCCUACUGCCAGUCAGUGCUGCUGGAAAGACUGGUGUUACAACCAUUAUUUCUUCCACCAAGCCAUACAGAACACCUGUGGUUGGGAAAACUCCUCAAAGGCCAAAUUUGUGUAAUGUUGGCUUGUUUCAGAGCUCCUCUUGCAAUAUCUCACAUCUUCAAUGAAUCUGAAAAUCUUGCAGGCCCUGAACCUUUUGACAAGAGUGACAUUUUUGCCAGUCUUUAUUUGUGAAGGAUGCAUAUUGCUUUGUCACUGUUUCAACAGCUUUUCAUCAUUCUGCUGCAGCAGAGCGCUGUGUGAGCAGUUUUCUUAUGUAGGUUAUUUAUUUUGUGUAUUUAAAUGUGUGUGAAAGUGUUCGUCUGAGUCUAUGCACAUGUAAAGCUGUAUAUGUUUGUCCUCCCCAUGGAGCACUUCGAUCAAAGUCGCGGGUAGAGAGAAAGGAUUUCCAUCCUUCGUUACUGAAAAAUUCAACUUGUUUAUCUAGUUGCGUAUCACUUCAGAGAGCAAAAGCUUGAGCAAAAGACCGAUGAAGGUGCUGCAGCCAAGAGUUCACGGCGAAAACACAUUUUAGGUGGUACAGAUCAGCUUCAAGAAUGUCCGUGUUUCCAUGUUUUUUGUUUGCUUCAAACAGUAUUUAUACUGCUGCUUUGAUGAUAUCAUGAUUAAUUGAUUAAGGAGUAUUUUGUAGUCCCUUUUAGACCUCUAAUUCAAUGAAAUGGAGACAGCAUUUAAUAUCAAUGUGAAUUAUUUAUAGCGUGUUUGAACUUGUUUAUACUGAGUGAUGGAAGUGACUGCCAAAUCUGGGUUUCAAGAAAAAAAAAGAGAAAAGGACGAUGGUGGGGAAAGAGCAAAACACAUGCCUUGGUUUCUGUCUCAUUCGCCCUAAAUUAUACUUCAGACCGAGGCAAAAUAUGUGUUUGAAUCAAGAAUAGAUUAAACUGAAACACUGAUGAGACGAAUGGCAUCAGAUGUUUUCAAGAGCGCUUCAGAGUACUUAAGAAACUCUCAGCCUCACCUUCUAUCCACUUUUUGUCUACAGUGUUCACCAACAGAAAGGAAAAAAAACACACCUAUACCUUAAGAUGCACAUUUUUCAGGUCCUGUCAUCCAUAGGCCUUGGUUUCCUUUUUACCAAAAUGUGUUUUUGUAGACACACUUAUUUCUCCUCUCUGCUGACGAACAUCUCAUUUCUUGUUUCAAACAUAUUUUUGCCUUGGUUUGGGGGCUGUGUUACCUGCUGCUAUUUGUCUCAGCCGUAAACACACUUGUGACUCGUGACUGUUCAAAAGCACGUCACGGCAACACUAGUGUUUAAGACUGAUCGCUUUAGAUCUUUUUGCUGUUUCCUCGAAGCCAAGGUGCAAAGGCAUGUAGCCAUGUACUGAAGUAAAUCCUUCAAAAUGUCAUUCUCUGCGGUUCUCUACCAUACAGGCUGCAGCACCCACCACUGUAUAGUUAAUAUUACAUUGCAUGGUGCCCAAAGUGAGUGUUUUACUGCCCUCCACCUUUGUAUCUCUUCAAUGAUAUAUUCAAAUUUCUGUCCGGAUAUUUUUUACCAAGUUUAGUAGCACAAAAUCUUGGGAAUCCUUAUUUCUGAAAACUUUCAUGGGAUUUUUUUUUUGCGUGUAUGUGUGUGUGUUGUACUCCUAUAUAGUCUUUUUGAUAUUGAGUUUUGUCCAUAUUAUCAAGGAUGUACUUCUUUCCACUUUUGAGUCGGCUACUGUACAUUAUUUAACAUGUUUGUAAUUCUAGCUACAAUUUUUAUUGCACAAAUCAUCAUUUUCUGUGUUUAAGUUAUCAGAUCAGUAUAACUGUACAGAAUCUUUGGGGUUUCCUCCAAAAUUUAUCUAACACACUUCAAACAAUAAAUGUGAAUAGUAUUUUUAUAAAGCACUGAAAUGGCCGACGUGGGGAAAUCUGUAAAUAGGGAGGCAAUGCUUUGAAUUUAUAUUGGUCUUCUCUCCUACUGCUGUUUUUCUCCUGCUUAUAACAACUUGUACAAAAAGAGCCGUACAUAUUUGCUUUAUGUGAGUGUACCUUUUGACUAAUGGGGAUUUGAUUUUAAAAGUGCUUGUUGACCCUUUCUCAUGUGAAACUCUGUUCAGUGGCCUCCCCUUUUUCCCCCCAGACCUCCGUGGCUGUCCUCAUAUAACGUUUCAGUUAAGGUGAACACUGUAAAACUCUGUAGAAGUGGUGGCGAGUGGGGACCAGGGGCCCUCGGUUUCACUUUCCCCAUGCUUGCCGUAUUCCAUUUCUCACUCAGUAAUAAGAACGCAACCAAUAAAGUUCUAUCUAUCCCUCCAUUUUGGUCCCUCUUUCAAAUUGUCAUAAAACUGAAACUACUCUGCCAACUAACUUAGAUAAACUACAUUUGGGAGUCAGUGUUACCUUCUCAGUUACUUUCUACUGGAAAUAUUACUGAGCCAAGUCUAACCUCUUCUUUCCUGAAAGGCAGAGCACAGCCUUCACCAUACAAUCUGCUUUCAUUUGUUUUGCAUGCUUUUAGAGGAGAUAUCAUGGAGAGAAGGCAUCAUCAGUUACUCCCCCCCACCUAUGUUAGCUUCCCCGUGUCGAUUUAUCCAAUGCGGUCAUUGUUGACGAUCUCACUGAGUACUUUGAAACCAUACACAAAGCUUUAUAUCAUAGAAAUACCGUUCCUCAUGUUUGUUACAUGAAUCUGUCAAAAGUAUAUUUUUAAUUUAAUAUAAAUAAAGAUUGAUUCAGUAUA